AUGGUUGGAGGUGGUGGGGGUGGUCGUGGGGGUGGAGGCGGUGGAGGUGGUGGUGGGGGCGGCGGAGGCACUGGGAGCGGUGGAGGGGGCAGCAGCGGCGGUGGGGGAGGAGGGAGCGGUGGUGGCAGUGGUGGUCAGGGCCAGCAGCAGCCGCCGCAACAGCAACAGCAGCAGCAGCAGCAGCAUCAGCGUCCCCGCGCUGGUCGCUAG